AUGGGCUGGGGCGAAGGCUUCUGUCCUUUACGUCAGUUACCGCGGUAUAACGUCCACGGAAAUGCUUUAGACGCCUUUCAGAUUGGUGAUAAAGUGCGCGCUUUCAUUCUGGACGUACACGUAACGGGGCGUCUUAUUUUGAGUAUGAACCCGAAAAUGCUGAAUCGAGACCUAUAUGGGGAUCUCAAACUGGUUGAUCACGUGGUCGCUAGCCAUCAAGCUGCGCGUACCCUAUAUGUUCAGGUUAGAAAACUUCAAAAUUUGGACGGCAAGUCCUAUGAAGCUUAUCUGGAGUCCACUCCACAGUUUCGCAAUCCUGAUGGUCUUCAGGUACUUUGUGCACGUAUGGGAAUUCCUCGUUCUUCCGCAUGCAGUCUGCUGUUUUCUGUCAAUCGUGUAGCUCAAGGUGUGAAGUACUUUAAAGAGGGCCGCAACAACGAGGCUCUUCAAUGCUACAAUUUCGCCAUCGAAGUGGAACCCACCAAUCCGGAUGCGUAUGUUGCUAGGGGAGCACUAUAUGCAUCUGUGGGAACAUACACCAAGGCAGUGGACGAUCUUGAGAAAAGCUUGGAACUGCAAGCCAAUCACGUUAAUGCGAAGAACUACUUGGGUCAGACACUGGUCGCAUACGCCGGAGAGAUCAGCCGCAAAGAUCCAGUUAAAGCGGAACAGCUAUUACAACGCGCCAUCAAACUUGACCCUGACAACAUCGAGGCCCAUGAGGCACUUCGAGAAAUUCCAGCAUCAGCUUUGGCUCCAUCUGGCAAUCGUGAUACUAGUCUGCGCUCGUGGUCACGUUCUCCGUCACCUCGAACUGGUUCUCGAGCCCCUGUUGGUCGACGUGAAAAAUCUCCAUUAUCACCAGUGCAAAGUUCGAGAGGAUCUGGCGCUCGUACUGGCGCCUAUGCAACACAUAUGGAGCGAAGUCGUGCUGCUUUGGAGCAACUGGUAGAAGAAGACAGGUCGAAGCGUGCCGCCAAAGAGGCUGGUCGACGUGGUCCAUCAGGGGACCAAAGCCCAUCGGGUUUUUAUUCCCCGGGUAAGCAUAAAUAA